GGACGCUUUUAUCGCCUUCUCAUUGAAAUUUAGUUGUACCAAGGCAGAGGGACACCUAAAUUUAGGAAAUGUUUUCAUUCUACACCGACAGCUAUUUUAUCGCUCAGUGAUCUUUGAACGAAUUUUCCCAUCGACUUCACUCUUCAUGAAGCACUAUGGAACAAAUUUUUAGUAUCAAAUCUCAGAAAGUUCACGAAUGGAUUCCAAAAGGAGAUUAUAAUGUUUUGUGUGCUCUUUGCGAUGAUACUUUAGCAUUUACAAGUGCUCAGGAUCUUAAAUUGAAAGCUCAAAACCCUGAUUCUCCGAAACCAAUAGAAGACGCUACAACGAUAAGUUUGUACGUAUGUGAUAUUUUAGAACCAUGGCAUCUUUUCUUAAUUAACCGAAGAUGCGAGAACAUUAUUCAUUUAAUUUGGUCAAGUAAUAGUCCAAACCAAAAACGACUUUUGGUAGCUGAUGAAUCGGGAAAAAUCGAAGUGUGGCAGAGGAAACAAACUAUGACACACGUCUUGCUUAAUGAUUGGACUUGCACGCAUUCAGUAAAUCUUUCUGGAGAAAUUAUUGUUUGUGCAAAAUGGUUCCAAAAUGGUGCUGAGAGAAAUAUAAAACUUUGGCGGGAAAUCAUUGGUCUCUACGAUGAUAAAUACCCGAAAAUUGAUUGUAAAUGCACUGUAGAAGAACUCCAGUCACCCGGCGAGGGAGCUGAUGGUUUCUGUGUGAUAACUUCUUCUGGAUUGUUCGCUUGGGCAGUUAUAUCAAAAGUAAAUAGUGAUGUGUAUGUUGAAAAGCAUAGUCUAUUCCAAAAUUGUCGAUCCUACAUAGCUGUUGCUGAUAUAAAUUUUCAUAUUGAUUCAUCUUUUGUGGUUGCUGUUUCUGAUGGUUGCUCAACUUCUCCAAUCAGUACUUAUAAAGUACAAAUUUCUUCUCAAAAUUCAGCAUACUCAACGUCUAUCAGCUCGGGUUUAGGCAUUGUUCUACAGGAUAAUAGUUCCGAAAUUUCAGUUACGCAUUUAAAGUUUACUUGUAGGUUUAGUUUGAACGAUGAAUUGAUAGUUGUUACUGAGCAAGAUAAGAGAAGUAAAGUUACGUUCUUGAAACUUGAUAAAGAAGUCAGCAACUUACACCCAGCGAUUUUGAACGCAUCUCAUGGUAAUAUGCCAUUGAAAUUUGAAGAGAGUUGUUGGAUAUCAUUAGCAGAAUUUAUGUGUAAUAGCCUUGUUAUGUCAAUUGCUGCUCCUCAUAGAUAUGGCGAUAGAAGUGAUGUAAAUAAUAGUUUUGAGCAAGUUGUGAUAUCAGAAAGUAACGGGGCGGUUCAUCUAUUUAGCUUAAAAGAUUGGCAAUUAAGUUGUUCCUCUGACCAUUUUGAAAAGUACGAUUAUGACAAAUGUCUUUCUUGCGUUGAUCAAUCUUACAAUGGAACAGUUUUUGUUGGUCUUGAUCGAUAUGGGACAAUAACUUGCUACAAGGUAACAAAUACUCGAGACUCAAGCUUUCCUCUGUCAUCAUUCUGUAUCAGUAGCAUGUUGGAAUAUUGUUUAUUAAGAGAAAAAGAUUCAUGGGAUGUUAUGUGUUGUUUAAAAUCUCCAAAUGCAGAAGCAAUUUGGAAACAGAUUAACGAUAAUUUCUACCGACAAUUAAAGCCAGUUCAAGAUUAUUUUGCAGUUUCAAUAUUGAUGCUAAACGUUCGUAUACAAAAAGUAUUAUCCACAUCAAACUCUCGCCCAGCCGACUAUUAUCUAGAAGCAUUAUUGACACAUUACUGGUAUUUGUUUAGUAGAAAGUUACAUUUACGAAGACCAACUCAAAUGAUGGAGAGAGUAAAACUUCAAAAAAUGAUUGAAAUUUUGUCAUCUACUAUUGAAAAUAGCCGAGAGUUAGAUCCGAAUAAUCUAGUCUCUCUUAAGGAAAUAGAAUUACGACAGGAUGUAUUUACAACCUGCCUCCCGUCUCUAGAAUUUGUUUGUCAAUUAGCCAUACAGGUUUUCUUUGAAGUGGCAAAUAUGAGCAACUAUCUUGUUUCAAUUCAUCGUAACCCAGGAGCUCUAUGUAAAUUAAGAUGCCUUAUUUUUGUUAUAAGAAACUCUAUUAAAUCCAAUUUUGAACCUCCUCUACUUCGUAAAGGAGUUCAAACUCAACGGGACGGUCUUGGUAGAAUUUACACUCUUUUGACAAAAUUAUGGAUGGUUCGAAUUGAAAAGGAUGCCGAAUGUGACGAAAACCUUUUAAACGAUAUGAGCUUAAUACACGCUCAUUUCUUAACUCAUCCACCGCAAGUUCCACAAACUCUUACCUCAAGAGAUUUUAUCUAUCAAGGAAAUGCUUCGAAUAAUUUCCACUAUGGUGAAGAACCUGAAAUUAAAAACGCAACAAAUCUUUCAUCUUUACAAAGACCUAAACAAGAAUAUGAUUGUAUCACACAAAUGGCUCUUGGUUGCAUUUCAACAAAGUCAACAAGACAAUGUACAAGAUGCGGAGGACUUUCAUACUAUUCACCAACCGAACAAAAAUCAUCACAAUACACAUGUACAAGAUGGCGCUGUUUGUGCGGAGGACAGUGGCGUUGUUUUUAAGUCUAGUUAUAUUCCUUUAAAAGUAUAUUUAUUUUGAACUAUCUUCUUAAUUUAUGCUUCUAAUAUGAUCAUUAUAUGUUUGUUCUGUUAGAUCAAGUAUUACAGGUUAACAGCAUUUUUAAGACUUUGACGACGUCUCUUACUUAUAAUGAAUACUAUUAGUCCUAUACUUUGGAUUGUAAAAAUUGUCGGAAGAAUGAUAAUUAUAACGUUAUUGAAAUUAAAUUUUUCGUACUUUCUAACAGUUUUCAUAUCAAAAAUUUCAUUGAAAAAAUUGUUAUAUUUCCAUUCUUGUUUCAUUAUUAAAUC